GGAAAAUCAAACGGACAUGGGACGUGAAUUGAUUCGGGCUGCGACGCUGAAGUAACCGGAGACUGAGCAGUUCCACCAAAGGGAAGAAAUAUAAUGGCACCAGGAGACUAUCAGGAAGAAGAUUCUGUAUAUUUCAAUGUAGGAGGCUGGUUCUUUUCAAUUCUAAAGUCAAAACUUUUACAGUUCCGUGACUCGGUAUUGUGGCAAGAAGCUUCCAGCCUUCUUCAUUCUGAAGAUGCCAGACUUUUUAUUGACCAAGAUGGAUAUACUUUCCGCCAUGUUCACUAUUAUUUGCAUACAUCAAAGCUGUCUUUUUCUUGCCUUUCUGAAAUUGGAUUGUUGUAUGAACAAGCUACAGCAAUGUGUCUAACACCUUUGCAACAGGCUUUGGAUAAUUUGAAAGAAAGUAAACAUCAUUUGCGUGUACGACUUGAAGAUGUACCAGUCACUCAAAGAGCCUAUAGGAAUUACUGGAGAACAAGAUGUAACAGUAAGCCUUCAGACUUUCAAAUUAAAAGUCCAGCAUUCACAGGUUUAACUGAUAAAGCUCCAUUAGGAUUGAUAGAUACGCCCCUGUUGGAUACUGAAGAAGAGGUGCACUGGUAUUUUCUUCCUUUAGAUCUUGUGAAGAAAUACCCUACUGUAAUCAAUGAAGAUAAUUUGCUGUGGUUGUGUGAGGGAGUUGUCCUAAUAGAAAUUGGCUGGAGUAAUUUUCGAUAUAUAGCAAACUUCCUUCUGACUGGCAAACUUAUUCUUCCUGACAAACCUUCAGAAACUGAAGUUCUUCUGAAUGAAAUGGAGUUGCUUCAAAUUCCAGAGCUCAUCAAAGCUGUGAAAUCAUACAGGAGAGACAGGGGUAAUUCCAAAGAUGUCUCUAUCCCUGGCAGUUCUGUAAAUCAUUCUGAAGUGGGUUGUGAGGCUGUAGGCGCCAUGGCAAGCAAACCAUUAUAUGUCCUUGUCCUGGAAUUAUUAGUCAAGUACCCAGAUUCAGCACUAGGACAGCUUUGCAUUGAAAGCAGCCUUGAUGGGAUGAAACUAUAUAUUUUUGGCAAUGGAGUUCUUUUUAAACAUGUCAGAAGCUGGUUAGGGACAUGUCGUUUACCUUUCACUGAAGAUAUGUCUCAAAUGUGUGCAGUUUGUGUUUAUCUGGACCGACACGACAGCCUGUAUCAGCCAAUUAAGGAUGCCAUGCAACUUUAUCUCCAGAAAAGAAGAAAGGAGUCGCUUGAUACCUCAAAUGACAGUUGGACUGCUACUGUCAACAGCCAUACACUUCUUCAGAUUGUGAAAGUUUAUGUAGGAAAUUAUUGGUACGCCACUUACCUGAAUACCUUCCUGAAGUAUCCUGAACUGCUGUUUAAUCGCAACAAAGCACAAUGGAUCACAUAUGGCAAGACACUUUUCAUCAUUGGAGAUGGUCAGAUGUUUAGGCAUAUUAUCAACUUCCUGAGAUUCGACAAACUGUGUAUUCCAUCAGGAUUCAAAGAAUGGCCUUUACUUUGUCAAGAAAUAGAAGAUUGUAAGAUCCCUGCACUUACUGAAGCCUUGCAAAAUAAUGAACAAUACAGAAUUUGGUAUGCAGAGAAUAAGAAGACAAUUACAGCAGAAACAGUUAAUGUUCCCGUAGAAACAUCAAAGUCAAUUUCAUCCAUGGACCUGCAUGGAAGCUUAGCAGAAAAGGGAAAUGUGUUAAGUAAUUUUAUACAAAAGGAGUACCGUUGCAACAACAAUACUGAAAUAGAUCAAUGCAGAAUGAUCAAUGUGACCUGGUGUAAUAAGACAACUCAGACAAAAGUUGUGACCGUGAAUAGAGCUGCUAAGAGCCACAGUCCAGCUUCUUCACCUCGUAAAGCAAAAAAAAGUAAAUUAAAUACAUUUCUUGUUGGAGGGAAGCAAGUUAGUGAGGAUUCCUGUGCUCCAGACAAUGAAGUAUGUUUGGAUGAUUCAGUAAGUCCACCUCAAAAACGAACAGUCAAACCACAUCGUAAUGGACAGAGAGAAUCAGUGGUGUCCGUGGAUAAAUUAAUUUUGUUCGCUAAUGGAUCAAAGCACAAUGACACAGAGAAGGCUGGAUUUUUGUCUAGUGCUGGUUCUAAAGGUAAAACACUACAGCCACAUUUAAUAAUUUAA